CUCUCUUCCUCUCAUAAAAAAUCUGGGGUUUUCAAUUUCUUCCAUUUAAAAAAGAAAACUUUUUUACUGAAAAGUGAAAUGCCAGACCUUGGAAAUCUUUCUCAGUCUUCAUCGUAAUCUUUCUCUCGUUGCCCUAACUUGAGGCUUCUCUCUCUUGACUCUGCCAAUACCGCCGAUGUUUUUGAGCCUGACACCUUCAAAACCCUACCCGUAAACUGCAAUUGGGACCAGAGAUUGGUCCACAAAGGCGGGGACUGCAACGGAAACGGAAUUAGGGUUUUGAAGCGAGCGAAGAGGGGUUCUAAUGGUAUAGUUUUGGAGGAUUAUUUGAGUGAUUGGGUUCAUUGGAAGAUGGAAUCUGGUGUUCCUGAGUCUCGCUGUUUUCUUCCAUUUCUCGUUGGGUCUAAGAAAUUGGUUGAAUGUAUCCAUUGCCAUAAGCUCAUCUAUCCAGGGGAAGAGGUCUGUUGCUCAGUUCGUGGUUGUCAAGGAGUUUAUCACAAAAUAUGUGCCAAAGAAAGUCUUAAGAUGUCCAACCCAAAAAAAAUUCCAGUGUCCGCAGCAUACAGAUUACAAUGGCAAUGUGUAUGUUGUACAAUUUCAUCUCAUGAUAAGUGCUCCCCGUGGCUGGAUGUAGUGAUUCAUUUGAAGGACAAACCGGGGAAAGCAAUUUGCUGGAGGCAUCCAACUAAUUGGCGGCUAGGCUGGCUGACAGGACUGACAUAUUUAUUGAAUGAGCAGCAUGCAGUUCCAGCAACUGAAGUAGAGGAAAUUUUCUGUCAAUUGCCUUUACCUUAUGUGGAUGAGGAGUUCAAGCUUGACUUGAUAUGUAGAGAAUUAAUGGAGAAUAAAUUGGAGCCACCUCCAUAUGUCCACAUCAAGUGCCAUGUUUACCUAGUGAAGAAGACGUGUUAUGAUGCCGAUGAUGAUAUUGGAUGCAAAAGUUGUAGUUCUGCUUGCUCUGAGGAUUGUGUAUGCGGUUAUUGAUGGUGCUCAGAGUGAACAGAGGCUUUGGGACAUGAAAUUCAAAGGGAUGAACAACUUUUACAUGUGUGAAAUUCGAAAAGACUUCACAAUUGAUGCAACUUUCAAAGGGAAUGCAUCUCUUUUUCUAAAUCACAGCUGCAAUCCCAAUUGUGUUUUGGAGAAUUGGUUGGUAUUAAUGAUAUUGCUUUUUUUUUUUUAUUAAAUAUGUUUUAACUGUUAAAUAUCUGUAAAAGCUUAUGGUUUCUUAAGAUUGGAAAGCAUUAUAUUAUGAGUUAAAGCUUUUAUUGCAAAUAUGGUAUGGAAACUCCGUAUGUAUGUCCCUAGCUAUUAUACUUGUCCGUGGUUUUAGAUUUAUAUGCCUUAAAAAUUUUUUUGCAAAUUGCACCAAGCACCUGUCCAGCUAUGAGAAAAGUGUAAAAAGAGAAUGGAUGAGAACAUAAUGCCAAUGUUUCUUUCUGUGUUUGGAUGUUGGCUAAAUAGAGGAAAUACCCUUGUGAUUUUUCUGUGACAUUCCUUUAG